UCCCCUCUCUCUCCCCGUCUCCCACUAUAACCUCCAAAAUCACUCGGAGCUCGAUUGGUUUGGUCUGGCUGCAGAAACCAUGGCAGAGCAUGAGGAUUGCGUCUCGAUUCCUGAAUUCAGCAACCUUCUCCAGACGGACCCUAACCUCCAAAAGUAUGAGAACGACUUCAGGAGAAGGUAUGAGCUGCUGAAGAAGCAGCUUUUCCUCUUGGAGGAGGCGGAGGGAGGUGUUGACCAGUUCACACGCAGCUACCUGAGCUUCGGUGUGCAGCGAUUGCCUGACAACAGCCUCUUUUUCAAGGAAUGGGCUCCAGCUGCUGAGGCCCUUUUCCUUACUGGUGAUUUCAAUGGCUGGGACAAAUUUGCCCACCCUUACUCCAAGAAAGAGUUUGGCAAGUGGGAAUUGAUUCUUCCACCGAGGCCUGACAACUCCCCAGCUGUGGAUCAUUACACCAAGCUGAAGGUGGUUGUUCACACUAAGGAGGGCAAACGCCUCUACCGCAUCUCGCCUUGGGCAAAAUAUGUGACCAGGGAGGAAAAAUCAGUCAUCUAUGACUGGGUUCACUGGGAUCCCCCUAAGCCUUAUGUUCACGUCCAUCCUCGGCCUAAGAAACCACUGAGUCUGAGGAUAUAUGAAGCCCAUGUUGGUAUCGGAUCCCCAGAGCCGAAGGUCGCUUCAUACACAAACUUCACGCACAACGUGCUCCCUCGAAUAAAAGAAUUGGGUUACAACUGUAUACAGUUGAUGGCAAUCAUGGAGCAUGCCUACUAUGCAAGUUUUGGAUAUCAGAUUACAAGUUUCUUUGCCGCAUCCAGUCGCUUUGGUACCCCAGAGGAGCUAAAGGAGCUGAUUGAUGUAGCUCAUUCAAUGGGUAUUGUGGUGCUGCUGGAUGUGGUCCACAGUCAUGCUUCCAAGAACACGGAAGACGGCCUUAAUGCCUUUGAUGGGUCUGACUCCUGCUUCUUUCACUCUCCACCAAGAGGAGAGCACAGUCUGUGGGACAGCCGCCUCUUCAACUACGCCAGCUGGGAAGUGCUCCGUUUUCUGCUGUCGAACCUGCGCUGGUGGAUGGAGGAGUACUGCUUUGAUGGCUUCAGGUUUGACGGUGUUACCUCAAUGCUGUACCAUCAUCAUGGUAUCGGCACUGGCUUCACUGGAGACUACAGCGAAUACUUUGGCCUACAGGUUGAUGAGGAAUCUGUGACGUACCUCAUGCUUUCCAACCACAUCCUGCAUAGUCUUUAUCCGGACUGCAUCACUAUUGCAGAGGAUGUUUCAGGGAUGCCUGCCCUCUGCAGAAGAGUAGAGGAGGGUGGGAUGGGCUUCGAUUAUCGCCUGGCGAUGGCAAUUCCUGACAAGUGGAUUCAGAUCCUGAAGGAGUUAAAGGAUGAAGAGUGGGACAUGGGUAAUAUUGUCUUCACACUGACCAACAGGCGAUAUGGAGAGAAAUGCAUCGCCUAUGCAGAAAGCCACGAUCAGGCUCUGGUUGGUGAUAAGACUCUGGCCUUCUGGCUAAUGGACAAGGAGAUGUACACCAAUAUGAGUGCCCUGAUUCCCAUGUCGCCCAUCAUCGACCGUGGAAUGCAGCUGCAUAAGAUGAUCCGCCUCCUCACUCAUGGUUUAGGUGGAGAGGGAUACCUGAACUUUAUGGGAAAUGAGUUUGGUCAUCCCGAGUGGUUGGAUUUCCCCAGAGAAGGGAACAAUCAGAGCUACCACUACGCCCGGCGGCAGUUUAACCUCUUGGAAACGGAUCAUCUCCGCUACCGGCAACUCUACUCCUUUGACCGCGACAUGAACCGCACCGAAGACAAGUACGGCUGGCUGGCAGCUCCACCUGCCUACAUCAGUGCCAAGCAUGAAGGGGACAAGGUCAUUGUGUUUGAUAGGGCAAAUGUGCUCUUUAUCUUCAACUUCCACCCCAGCAAGAGCUUCCAGGACUACAGAGUGGGUGUAGAAGCACCAGGAAAAUACAAAAUCAAGCUGGAUUCAGACAUGCUUCAGUAUGGAGGGCACGGACGGCUCGACCACAACACUGAUUUCUUCACUGAGCCCCAACCCUUGAAUGGACGCUCCAACUCCAUGCUGGUCUACAUCCCCUGCAGAACAGCUAUUGUCCUGGCCAACGAGGAGAUAGAUUACUGUUAUUAGAGGAUGAUUGUCUCCACAGAGGCUGGGAUUGAGAACAGAUUCCAAGCUCAAACUGAGUGUUAACAAUCACCUUCAUCUUAAAGUGUCAACCUUGCACACCAACCAAACCCUAUUUUUUUGCCUCUAAGCCCUCUCCUGAAUAAAGGGGGAUGAAAGAAAGGCAUCAUACAAUUGUGUGCUUUCAAAAUACCAUCUGUAACCUUAGACUGUGUGUAACCCCAUUUGCUUGAGAGUGGUCCAUUUGGGAAGCCUCCGACCCAUCCAAGCAGCUAGAUGCUAAAAAUCAAAAGCCCUGCCCAGUCCAUCCGACUCUAGCCAGCAGCUAUUUCUCAGCUUGGUUGCAUUUGGCGUGUCAUCUGAAAAAUACACCCAGCGACUGUAAGGCAGCCAGCACUCAUUUAUUCAAACAUAAUGAUCAAAGAAAAUAGGAGUGUUUUAGACGGGUAGAUUUGUAGAAACAGAAGUAAUUUGUUUGUAUAGAUAUAGAAUACAGAAAGAAAUGUGUAUUAACUGGAACACCUUAACAUCAAUAUGUCCAUGUAUGUAAACACCUGUGACCUAUCUUUGUUCAUUGUUAUUGGAUCCAAAUAAAGAGUCACUUGCAAUAAAUAA